AUGGCCCGCAAAAGAAGUAGUAAGAAGGGUGGUAAGAAAUUUCAGAAACCACAAGCUGACUGGGUUGAUUUAGCCAAGGAGAAUGCCAACUGGGAGAAAUAUUAUGAGAACAUGUUGUUUGGUGGUGACAAAGAUGAGUUCGCUAAGUUCAAGAAAGUUUGUCAGGAACCUUUGCCAAUUACUUUUAGAAUUACUGGUUCUAGAAACCAUGCUAGUGAAGUCUUAAAUUUAUUCAAAGAGAAGCAUUUAAAAUUCUUAAACGAGGUCGAAUAUGAAGGUUCUAAAAUCAAUCCACCAAUAGAAUUGCCAUGGUAUCCUAACCAUUUUGGUUGGCAAUUGGAGGUCCACAAAACUGUGAUGAGAAAGAAUGAUAAUUUUGCAAAGACACAGAGAUUUCUAGUGGUAGAAACUGACGUCGGAAAUAUCUCUAGACAAGAAGCAGUUUCAAUGCUUCCUCCAAUUCUUCUUGAUGUCAAGCCACAUCAUACUGUUUUAGAUAUGUGUGCAGCUCCUGGUUCCAAAACCGCUCAAUUGAUGGAGUCUUUGCAUAUAGACAGUGACGAACCUUCGGGUUUUGUUAUCGCCAAUGAUGCUGACAAUAAGAGAUCACAUUUAUUAGUUCAUCAAUUAAAAAGAUUAAGUACAUCCAAUGUUUUGAUUGUUAAUCAUGAUGCUCAAUUUUUUCCAAAUCUGAAGAUAAAUACUAAAGAUGCAUCUUCACAGGAAGAUUUGAAAUUCGACAGAAUCUUAUGUGAUGUACCAUGUUCAGGUGAUGGUACGAUGAGAAAGAAUGUAAAUGUUUGGAAGAAUUGGAAUACUCAGAAUGCGCUAGGCUUGCAUAAUGUUCAAUUUAAUAUCUUAGAUAGAGGUCUAACAUUAUUAAAGGAAACAGGUAAGCUAGUAUAUUCUACAUGUUCUUUAAACCCUAUUGAAAAUGAAGCUGUCGUGGCUGCUGUUUUGAGAAAAUGGGGAGACAAAGUAAGACUAGUUUGUUGUGAUGACAAGCUGAAAGGUUUAAUCAGAUCAAAGGGGUUAACAACCUGGCCAGUCAUCAAUAGAGAUAUGGAAGAAGUUCCAAGAAAUAGAAGCGAUGAUAAAAUAAACAAAUCUUGCUAUCCACCAACAGAGGAAGAGGUAAGCAAAUUUAAUCUGGACAGGUGUAUGAGAGUCUAUCCACAUCAACAAAAUACUGGUGGGUUUUUCAUUACAAUGUUUGAGAAAGUUGUCGACAAUAAAGAAACUGAUAAACCAAAGAGAGAAACUAAAAAGCAAUGCAUCGAAGCAGUUGGAUCCAAGAACACCCCAAAGAAAGUUUUACAAAAAAAUGAAGAACCUGUUAUGUUUUUGCCUUCUGAUCAUUCAGUGUUGAAGCAAUGUGCUAAAUUUUAUGGAAUUGGUGAUGCCUUUAAUAUGGAUUCAUGUUUAGUUAGGAACACUAAUGGUGAACCUUCAAAAACAAUUUAUUAUGUUUCUCCAUCAUUGAAACAAGUUAUUCAACAUAAUGACCAUAAAUUAAAGAUAAUAUAUACUGGCGCUAAGAUAUUUGUAUGUCAAAGAAGUGAUGUUGAAUGCUCUUGGAAAAUUCAAAGUGAGUCGUUAUCAUAUUUAAAACAUCAUAUGAAAUCUGAUAGAAUUCUGAAAUCUUCUAUGCUUUUAUUUAAGUUUCUAUUAGGACACCCACAAACUACUAUGGAUGAAAUAAAAAUGUCCAACGUCGAUCCAAACUUUGCAAGAGCUGAAACUCUGAGUUCAGGUUGUAUAUUUGUAGAUGUAUCUAGAGAUAAUUCAGAGAAACUGAUUUUACCUCUUUGGAAAGGAAUAAAAAGCAUUAAUCUAAUGGUUCGUAAAGAAGAUAUCCAGGAGAUGCUUUAUAGAUAUUUCGAUGUAGAAACAACAUUAAAGGAGAAGGUUAAGGAAGUUGAAUCAAAAAAUGAAGAUCUAUCACCCUGA